AUGGAGGUCAAAAAUAUACGGGAUACUGUGUUCUUAGUUCCCAAAGGAGAAGGAUCUCACGGGAACCUGAGUUUCUUUGCCCGGCUCUCGAAUCACCAGCCUUCGACCCACAGCCAACUAAAAGUGAAGUCGUAUCCCCUAGACCAGAUCAAAGACCAGUCGGUACAGGAAUCGCUUGUGAUCAGGGAUUUGUUGCAUGUUCUCGUGGGUCUCGAGGGGAUAUACAUACGAUACAACAACAGCUAUGAGCCCGAGCAGCGGAGGAGCGGGGCGCUGCCGUAUGACAUCGUAGGGCCGGACUUCAAGAUCGCCAAGAACAUGGACCCGUCUUUGAAAAGCGUAGCGAAGCGGAUCAGCAAGGUGGGAAGGCUCUACGUGAUUUUAAGCGAGUUCAUCAACCGCUUUGAGCAGACGCGGUAUGGCACUGUGCUCCACCGAAUGUGCUUUGUCGUUAGACGGUUCUUGACGGACGAUUACUUGCCAUUUGUUGUGGGCAAGCUAGAGCGGUGGUUCCAGGAAGACGCGCGGUUUGGCAUCCGCAUCAUGGAACAGCUAUUGAACGAGGAAAUAAUCUACAAGGCGCGGUUGCUCUACGAGUUGGUGAUGUGCGUAGUCAACGAGAUGGAACGCCGGGACAAGGUCGAUUUGGCGGAAGCCGACUUUGAAAACUUCAUCCAGGACCUGAAGAUGGGCAGCGAUGCUGGCGCCACAGGCGACAGCAGCACGAACGGUAUUCUCAUCACAGAUACACGAGUUUCCCCUGUCGCUAAGGGCGGCGUCGUGCUUCAGAUGGUACUUGAAAAGAUGAAACAGAACUGGGGAGACCAGCGCAAUCUUCAAUUCCUUCACCAGGUUUGGCAGGAUAUAUCCGCGCCAUACUGCGAGAUGUUAAAUGAAUGGCUAAUAAAAGGUGAUUUAAAGGACCCCUAUGAAGAGUUUUUGAUAAGUGACACUUCACAAGAUAACAACAUAGUUCUGAAUUCGUUGAACAGCGAGCGUCUAUGGGACACACAAUACGUAAUUCGCAAAGAUGGGCUCACAGAGCAGUUCCAGGACCGCCAGUUACAGUAUAAGGUUCUCAUGACAGGCAAAUUGCUCAAUUUGUUCAAGCGCAGCUGCGGUCUGGCCACGCUCCCUCACGCAUUAGAGCACGAGCGUAGCGAUAUUGCUACACAGUUACCCGAAGGCACUCAGUUACUAGUAUACGUCGAUAAAUGGUACCAGCGCGCCAACCAGAUGUGUUGGGACUUAUUACAGGAAGGCUACCAGCUACCCCGCAUCAUGUACCAGCUGCACAAACAUUUUAUGCUCUAUAACUGCGGAGAAUUCCAAAACAAGUUCUUUAUGAAGUCAAUGGUGGAGUUGACACGCAGCAGAUCCGAGUCCAUACAGCUCAAGCUACAACGGAACUGGCAACAGUGCCAGAAAAAUACCACCGAACACAAGGACAGCCUCAUCUUGCAGUUGAUGACUGUUCGCUUGGACCAGAUGUCGCUAGCCGAGGUAAUAAUGCAGUUUGAGGAGGAUGAAAUCCCAGAAGACCAGCUAAACAGCAAUGGGAACGAUGUCGACCACGGCGACAGCACUAACGGCGGCUCCGGGGUGGCAGGCCCAACUGCUGACGGCAUUGACUCUCUACGGUUUGCAGACACUACGGUAAACACCAAUAGGCACUCGAUCCUGCAGGCCCGUAACUUCAACAACCUCAAAGACAUGCUACUGAAGGAGUUAGACCACACAGUAACCGGCAGUUCACAGCGUAAGCGCAAGCUGCAUAGCGUGCACCACCUCCAAUUUGAACUAGUCAUGCCCUUCCCCUUGAACGCGCUUGUUUCUAAGCCGUUUAUCGUAGAAUACCAAAUAAUACAGCGCCAUCUACUGUUGCUAAUGUACUACAACAGGCUGCUAGAAGAUACAUGGUUCGAAGCAAACAAGGCUUGGCCGAUCCGCGCCCGCGGACCUUCUACGCAGGACUGCAUGAAGCGCUGCCGCAUCAUCCACAACCGCCUCGCCCAGCUCGUGAAGGUCUUAUCGGAGUACGCCACACAUGAUGUCAUCGCGCCUGACUGGCGCAGUCUCUCCCUCGUCCUCAACGGCGCACCGGUUCCAUUCUCCCGUCUGCAAAUGGCAGUGCACGACUACCUCGCCAACGUCAUGGCCGCCAACCUCCUCACAGAUACCGAUCUCUACCGCUUGGUGCUUCAAAUCUUGGAGAUCAUCCACCGCUACUGCAAGUUCCUAUCCGCCCUCCGUCCUAACCUAACAAACCACCCGUACACCACAAACAUCGCAUCCGCUGCCACUGCUUUGUCCGCUCAGGACCCGGUCUCUCCGGACACUCCCGUACCGGACAAUCUCCUCACGGAUUGGAAUGCCUAUUUGUCCAAGGUCUCGGUUGCCUUGCAUGACCACCUUCGCGCCCUAAUUGAGGGGAUUAAACAUCACAGCCAACGGGGGCAUACCGCGCCACGCGUUCUGCUCUUGGUCGAGCGGUUGGCUGCCUUCGUGUAA